UAUUAUUUAUGUCCUGCCGUUUGUUUCUCUUCGCUUCAGAACAGGUGUCCCAACUACCAAUUUCCAAACCCAGAUCUCUCUCUCUCUCUCUGGUUUUCUCUGUAGAUUCGGUUUUUAGGGUUUGGGUUCGGGGAGAAAUGGAGAAGAAUCUGGCGAUGGUGGUGGUCAUCGCCUUGCUAGUGUUGUUUGCUGCGGAUCAGGUCAGCUCUGAUGCAUCGGAUCACCGGUAUAAGGAAGGAGACCCAGUGCCUCUCUACGCCAAUAAGGUCGGCCCUUUUCACAAUCCCAGUGAAACAUACCGCUAUUUUGAUCUUCCAUUCUGUAUACCAGAUCAUCUGAAAGAGAAAAAGGAAGCUCUCGGUGAAGUGCUAAAUGGUGAUCGUUUAGUUGGUGCCCCCUACAAACUUGAUUUCCGGAGUGAGAAAGAUUCUGAGGUUGUUUGCACUAAAAAACUCAAAAAGGAAGAUGUAGCCCAGUUCCGAGCUGCUGUUAUCAAGGAUUACUACUUUCAGAUGUAUUAUGAUGACUUACCCAUUUGGGGUUUCAUAGGGAAGGUCGACAAGGAAGGCAAAGACCCAAGCGAGUACAGAUAUUAUCUUUAUAAGCAUAUCCAUUUUGAUAUCUUUUAUAACAAGGACCGCGUGAUUGAAAUCAAUGUCCGAACGGACCCACGUGCCCUUGUAGACCUUACAGAGGAUAAAGCAGUUGACGUGGAAUUUUUGUAUACUGUGAAAUGGAAGGAAACAAAUACGCCGUUUGACAAGAGGAUGGAUAAGUACUCACAGUCUUCUUCGCUUCCUCAUCAUCUGGAGAUCCAUUGGUUCUCCAUUAUAAAUUCAUGUGUAACAGUGCUUCUUCUAACUGGGUUUCUUGCCACAAUUCUCAUGCGAGUCCUUAAGAAUGAUUUUGUCAAAUAUGCCCAUGAUGAGGAAUCAGCUGAAGACCAGGAGGAGACUGGAUGGAAAUACAUCCAUGGAGAUGUAUUCAGGUACCCCAAGUACAAGUCUCUAUUCGCAGCUGCCCUGGGUUCUGGUACCCAACUAUUUACCCUUACGGUGUUCAUUUUUAUUCUGGCACUUGUUGGUGUAUUUUAUCCCUACAACCGUGGGGCUCUAUUUACGGCACUGGUUGUCAUAUAUGCACUCACAUCAGGAAUUGCAGGCUAUAUUGCGACCUCCUUUUAUUGUCAGCUAGAGGGAACAAACUGGGUUAGGAAUCUAUUACUGACUGGAUGCCUCUUUUGCGGACCUCUGUUUCUAAUGUUCUGCUUUCUGAACACUGUUGCAAUUGCUUAUAAUGCUACUGCUGCUCUUCCAUUUGGCACGAUUGUGGUGAUAGUUCUUAUAUGGACACUAGUAACAUCACCUUUGCUGGUAUUGGGUGGGAUUGCUGGGAAGAAUAGCAAGGCUGAAUUCCAAGCUCCUUGCCGCACCACCAAAUAUCCCAGAGAGAUUCCACCUUUGCCAUGGUACCGGGGAGCAAUUCCACAGAUGGCAAUGGCAGGCUUUCUGCCUUUCAGUGCUAUAUACAUAGAACUUUACUAUAUAUUUGCCAGUGUCUGGGGUCACAGGAUAUAUACUAUUUACAGCAUCUUGUUUAUUGUCUUUAUUAUUCUCCUAAUAGUUACUGCUUUCAUUACCGUGGCACUGACAUACUUCCAACUUGCUGCUGAGGAUCACGGGUGGUGGUGGAGAUCUUUUCUAUGCGGUGGAUCAACUGGCAUAUUUAUCUAUGCCUAUUGCCUAUAUUACUACUAUGCACGCUCCGAUAUGUCCGGGUUUAUGCAAACCUCAUUUUUCUUUGGUUACAUGGCUUGCAUCUGCUAUGGUUUCUUCCUCAUGCUUGGAACUGUAGGUUUUCGAGCAGCGUUGCUGUUUGUCCGCCACAUUUAUCAGUCGAUCAAGUGCGAGUAGUUAGUUGAUCCCCUUGUCAAGUGUCAUCUGGUAUUUCCUUUCUUUCUCCUUUUUCAUAGGUGUUGUGUAGAGAAGUUAUCAACCGUAAUUUUGUAGUGCCUGUACUGAAAACAGGAGCAGGGUUCAUCAGAUAUCUUGCUUCAAGAGCAGCAUGUUAAAAAAAUGAUAUGCUCAACAGUGCGGUGAAAAAGUUUGUAUCAUUCUCAAAUCAAAACUUAAAUACAUUCUUCAGUA